UCUGCAAAAAUGGUUUAAUAUAAACAAACAGGAUAUGACUGCUCAGUGUGGUAACAGUGGUGUAGUUAACGUUCAGCCUCUUAAAGUACACAACGGUGCAGUCCACACACCGGCAACUUACACGAUUUGACUCUAAAAGACCAAAAAUGUGCAAGAGGAACAGCACAGGAAGUGAUUCUGUGAGGACCAGAAGAUACAAAAAAGCUACAGUGUAUUUGGUGCUGCAGUGUGUUCUUCUGCUGGAGGCAAUUAUUUUGCUGCUUACUGAACACAGAACUAAGACUUACCAGUAUGAAAACAGUGCGGUAACCUUCAAUAAAACAAGGAUCGACCUACUUUCUGAGACUGAAAAUUUGUUAAAAAAGAAGGAUAAAUUAGUGAAUGCCAAUAACGAAAUGACCAAACAAAAUCACCAGUUAACUGAGGAGGAAAAACUACUGUCAAAACAUCUUUGUGAAAUGGAUGGAUGGAGGUGCUAUCAAUCCAGUUUAUACUACAUUUCCUCUGAAGAGAAAAACUGGACUGACAGCAGACAAGAUUGUUUGAAGAGAGGAGCAAAUCUGACUAUUAUAAACAGCAACGAAAAACAAGAUUUUUUUCAAACUUAUGGUGAAGUCUGGAUCGGCCUGACUAAUACGGAGGGAACAUGGAAAUGGGUUGAUGGCAGCACACUGACCUCUAGUUUCAGCUUCUGGGCAUCUGGAGAGCCCAAUGGACAUACACAGAAUGACUGCGUUGUGACUUCAAAGCGUCAUGACAAAUCAGAGUGGUAUGACUAUCCAUGUAGUUCUGCUUUUAAAUGGAUUUGUGAAAGAAAACCAUCUUAAAAUAACAUCUGUAAUAUGAUCGCUAAUAGGAAGCAGGUAAAAUAUAAAUGUGUACUUGUAUUUGGCUAUUUUUGUAAGCUAAAGAUUGUUUCUUCAAAAAGUCCCAUUGUAAUAAAUCUUCUUUAUUAAAUCAUUGAGGAAAUAAGUUUGUUUCUAUUUUGUUGGUGCACCUGUGCAGAUUUUGAAGCUUUCUGCGGUUUUAAAACACAUAGCAGCUAGCAUUGCGCUGUUGUACUAUUGUACUUCCGAUAUCUCAAUAGCAGUGAUGCUAAUAGCAGAAGUAUCAAACAAUGAGCUCCAACACGCACCAGAUCAAGAGUCUGCAGCUUCACACUAGAAAAAAUGUACUGAAGUUAGUGCUAGGCUAACAGCUAAAUCUAGGUAGUAUUCACUAUGGCUUGCUAAUGCUAACAUUGCACUUAGCAUGCAGGCUUCAGUCUGCUGUUAACUGAGGGCAUCCUGAAAGAAGCAUGCAAACCCUUUCAACCACUGAGAAAGAAUCCAAAGGCAGAGAACUUAAUUUCUACUUAAUGGAUUCGCUACAAGGGUUGAUCAGUUAUCCUACAACAAAAAAUAUGGCCACAAAAGUUAUUCUGAAACACCACGAGACAUUUUGACCACAAUGGCUUCUUCUAAAAACC